CGCUCCGUUCACCCGUCCAUUGGCUCCCGCGUCCUCCAUGCAACCCGAUCCGCCCUCCGAUGGAACGCCCUCCGAAGCCCAACGCGCGUGCUGUCCGCUGCUCCUGCUCCAUCCCCACGCUUCACGCUCGGCCAUCCGAUGUUCCCCUCGCUCGCCUACUCCUCCUCACUCGCCCUGCAUCGCCGCCGCCGCCCGCCAUCCUUCUUUCCUCGGCGCGGUCUCCCUGCGCCGCCGCCGCCGACACCGCCCCUGCCACCACCGCCACUCCUCGAGGUCUUCCGCCCGAUAAAUCUACCACCGAUCCAUCUCCUUGCGUCCAUUCCCUUCCGUCCGAUUCCCCUCCACCCCUCUUUUUCCCGCGGAACCCCAUCGCGCCGCCGCCACCCCCCGUCAUCUCGGCGGCCGGAUCCAGCUCCAUGCUCGUCCAAGCCGACGACACCGCCCUGCUAGGCCUCGUCCCACGUCGGCGGCCCCAAGCAGGCGUCCCCCGGUACUGGAAGAUCCAAAUCAACACCAACAUGCUCCCCAGUGCUGGUGUGGUGCUGCAGCUCCUCGAUGCGACCUUUGAUCGGCCUGCUGCAAGCUCAACACCGCGCGAGAAAACGGCCGCACGUGGUCGCUGCAGCAACGCUCUCGCUCGUGUGACCCCGGCAGAUCGCCUGAACCAGUCAAGGUACUUAGGCACUUAGCACACCUGCUUGUGCCAUUAAUUGUUUUCCUGAUGCGCAAUUGCACAAUAGAAAAAAAAUCAGUUGUGAGGUCUGCUUCAUGCUUGAUCUCUUUCUUUAGAUUAGUUCAUUUGUGACUGUGGUCAUGAAUAAUCUUCAUGUAUAGUUAAGGUGCGUGAUUUUUAAUUGGCCAGGAUCUUUAUCUUUUGUCUAGCUUCUUUUUAGAUCAAGUAAUGAAUCAAUGUUUAGUUUACCAUCUUCAGUUCUUUCCCUAUUCAUUCAGUUAGUUCUAGCUUACCAUGAAAAAGAAUUGCCUGCUCAAUGGUGAUCCAAUGAUACCUGAAUAUGAUCAAUGGUGCUCUCCUGAACCAAUCCGACAAUUAAAGAAAGGCUUUAGGUGCCAAAAGGUGACAAUUAAAGAUACUUCUUUGCAUGAUGAUGCCUGGAACUGUUGUACAAAAGGCUGCAGGUGCCAACGUUACCAUUAUGCUUAUCUGGACUAUAUAAAGCACAUCAGGGUAUCUGCAGUUACAUUGGUGAAACCUUGUGUAUGUUUACUUGGUCUGUUUUAGUUGAAGCUUGCAACAUUCAGAUGAAGAAACUUUCUUGUUUUGCUCUUUUGGUAAAAUAGUAAAAGAUAUAUUACUCAGAUCACAGUGGGUGUUUGAAAGCAAGUUUGCCCAUCUGGAGUACCUAGAAAAUUCUGGAUAUGUUCCAAUUUGAACUCAGGGCUGGUUUCCUUGACAUUUUGGUAGUACAGGUAUCAUUCUGAAGUUAUAACUUAUAAGAAGACCAAAUAAAUUUAUAAUUUCACAUUGUUCUUCUGUUAAGAGCAUAUUCUUUACUAUAGACAUUUCCAUUGAAAAAUUGGUUGUAGACUGUCUUACAUGUUAACAAGAGCUGCUGAUCAUAAUUUUACUGUGCUCUUUGGCAAAACAAGCUCUCUACUAGCACAAGACCGGAAAAGAUAUUUCCUCCUUUACUGGUUGGAGUAUCUUACAUUGCUGUUCAAAGCAAAAUGAUUUAAUUUAUAACAUCACCCAUCCUUUCCUGAAUCAUAUUAAAUUCUUUUGUACAGACUUGCUAAAAUAUAUUUGUUUUAGUCAUUUAUAGUGUGUUGCCUGAACAAAUCCUUUAAUGAUUAACAUCAUUCAAUCAUUGAAAUGUACUCUGGUGAUGCAUCUUGUAGCAGCAGGAGUGAAGAUGGAGGAUAGUAAAUGUAAUUCUAUUUGCUUUCUUUUUUUUCUUCUCACAAGUAUGUGAACUUCAAGGCCUGCAUGCAUUUACAUUUGUCUCAACAAAGUUUAUUCAUUUUGUUUUCAUGCUUUUACUUGACUCUGAGUUUAAGCUUUUACCUUUCAUUCUGCCUGUGACAAAGGUUUGGUCCAUUCGAUGGAAUUGCCUCUGUUAGCUCCAAGAUUUCAGUUCAAUAGGAGAGUGUGUAUGUGUCAUGCAUAGCUUGGAAUUAUGUUCAAAAGACAGUCUUAAGAAUGCAUCAUGUACAGUCUGCAAGUACAAUAAAAGGAAUAGUGAUGGAUCCCUAUGACCGCUUUGGUAGAUCCUCUGCCUUGUUCCUUCCUGUCAUGUGAUUUGGUUUGUUUCAUAUCUUAUUAAUGUUCUUGUGCCAUGUGUUUCAGACAUACAACUCUUAUAUUUAGAUGAUCUUCUCCCUUUUGAUCUGUAAUGUGCAAAAUGAUGAUUAGUAGAGAAAGUCACUUAGCUUAAUUCUCUAUGGAGGAUGAGCAAACCUUUUAUGUAAUAAAAGGGUACUAAAUAGCAUGGUUGAAGAAAACAGAGUGGUUUUUACUGUACAUUUCACAGGUAUUAAACUGCAUACAUUGCAGGAAACACUGGAGAAGAUUCAGGGUUGCAGCUUUGGAGUAGAUUAUUUGUUUUGUAGUUUUUACUGUAGCUUGUUGCUAUUUUAUCCUUCUCUUUUUGACCUGUGAUUUGCAUCUCUGGAUUCAAAGCUCAUGUGUUUGAUGUUGUAAUUUUAAUCUAGAAAAGUUAUGUGUUGUUUGGUUUUUUGGCUAUUCUUUCACAGUUUUGGUCUAUGACAUCAUCUACAAAGACAACAUGGUCUUUCCUAUGGCUUCGAUUUUUUUCUGGACAUGUCAUCAUGGGCAUUCCAAUUGUAGAUGUACACAUCCACCUUAUUUUAUUCUAAUAGCUGGGAGCAUUGAGCAUGAAGCUCAGUUAAUCGCGAAUUGAACUAAAAACUGAUAGCUCCAAUCUGGCGGUCCUAAAAAUUAGUUUAUAUAUGAUUAUGUGGUAACCUGAAAUCUGAUUGAAAAUGUUCAUCAUCAAAUGCAGUCUUUUAAAUGAGCUGAUUCUUUCUUCAUUGCAUCUGGUUAAUUGCAGCUGUUAAAGUGUUGCAGUGGCAGCCUGUAAAGGGUAUUUCAAUGGAAUGUUAGUUUUUGAAAUAAGUAUAUCAUUUAACCAAUCCAAUUUGUCAAUGGGUCGAGCUCAUCUAUGGACAUUGAUAAUUUACCACUACAUAUUUUUUUUUCAGAUAUUUUUCAAGAGGUAAAGAGCAAGCGUGACAAGAAGAAAGAGGUUGCAGCCUAAGAGCCUCCUGAUUUCCGCAGUUGAGUGCCUUGAAUGUUUCUUCAGUAGCAGAUUGUUAUCUACGAAACAUUGGCAGAUUUAAGUUACAGGUACUAUCGCGUUGAUGGAAGGGUCAAGGCGGUCUAGGAAACCUUUUAAAGAACUCACAAAUAUAACAAUUCUAGGUACGCAAACCCUGGAUCAUGUAGAUCCUAAUGAACGUGAUAGAGAGGGUAAGAGGAGAAAAACGGAACAAGGUGCCAUUCAGCACAUUCCAAACAAUCACCAAGUGUACACAUGGAGGCAGAUGAAAACGAUAGGUGGCUCCAUAGAGGAGAUUUGGGAGAAAAUAAAGACAUACUUCAUGUGGGGACAGGUGAAUCAGGUGCGCCUACACACUUUUGUUGUUUUGGAAAAACAUCAUUAUUUCAGAAGGUGCUUUAUUUCAGAAGGCUACUUUUGGUGAGAUGGAAGAUUGAUGCGAUCAGAGUUGUAUCAGCCCUAUAUGUGAAGGAGAUAUAAACGCUGCAUUACGCAUUGAUGAUGCUACUCUUGGUGACACGGGGGACGUUUGCGUUGAAAGUUAUAGCAGUACUGUGGGUGGAGCAGGUGAUGGAUUAGAUCCAUGUUCUAUUGAUGAUCAUGACCUCUCACCUAAGGAGCGUAGGCGUAGAAGGGAUAGGGCACGGAGGGCGGCAAUGUCUCCUAGGCAGAGGGCUGCAAUAAAUAAGAGGCGGCGUGAUUCAUAUGCUAGAAAGAGAUUAUUUAUGACGCCAGAAGAGAAGAAAGAGAAAACAAGAUAGUCCAAGAGAGACUAUAGAAAGAGGGCCAAAGAACAACAGGCAAGCAAUUUGCAUCCUGACUCUAUCGCUAUGCCAAGUCCUCACUUUACCCCAGAGUUGGUAUUCCCUCUUCCUGAUAAAUCGCCGUCAAGAAUAUCGGACGAGUUGGAAAUCCCCCUUGUAAACGGCAGGCCUGUUUACAUCCAGUCAGCUAUGGAGCAAUCCCCUGGAGUCAUUACUCCUCAGCUGGUCCCUGCAAACCACACCAUCCAUAGCAAGCUUGUGACUCCUGGAAUUAGGAAUUCACGCCUAAACCGGCGUAAUCAAAUGUUUGAAGCAACCAUUGGCAGAAAUACCAAACGGCCUGCUUGUGAAAAAUUCAAUUAUACGAGCCAGCCGACUCAAACGUCUUGUGUCAUGGACAAUGGUGGCACCCAAACGAACGCUCGUGACUCCCAUCCCUUCACUGCAUCUAAUGUAUUUGCAGCGGAAAAUACUAGGCCUGCACCUAAUGACUCUACUACAGGUAUUCAGACACAACCAUCUGUUGUUGAUGAGCCGUAUUCAGUGCCUCCACAUGGUGGGCAGGCAGAGACACAUGCCUCCAUGGAAGAGGAUGAUUGUGAUGAGAACAUCAUAUUUGAGGACGAUGAGGAAGAGGAUGAGGGGUACCUUUUUGGAGGCCAAGAACCUGAUGAUUGGGAAGCUAAUGAGGAUGUCGAUCUCGAGACGGCUAAUGAAGAUCCCAAUGAACCCGAUGUACCAGAUCCAUAUGAUGCGGUUUAUGCCAAUGUCCCUAACGUGACGCACAUGCUCAAGCCAGAGGAUAACUGCGAGCACUGCAAUGCAGAAAAGUUUGAGUCCGAGCCACCUGGAUUCUGUUGUCACAGUGGAAAGAUUCAUCUUUCCACCCAUGAGACACCACCAGGACUCAUGAGAUUGUGGUCGAGCUCGGACGCUGAUGCUAGGCAUUUCCGUGCAAACAUCAGAUAUUUCAAUGGCCACUUCUCUUUCACUUCUAUGUACUGUAAGCUUGAUCGUGUGACCACCGACAUCAGAAACUGUGGAAUUUACACAUUCCGUGCCCAUGGUCAAAUCUACCAUAACAUAAGAUCAUUUGGUAAAGAGGAUGGUCACGAACCUGGUCACCUCGAGCUUUAUUUUUACAACAACGAUCCGUCUCUUGAGCAUAGGCUCCGCAAGUGCUGUGAGAAGUCUGCCCAAGAAGACAGGGAAGUCAUCCAGAGGCUAAAGGACAUCUUACAUGGCAUUAAUCCCUACUCAGAGAAUCUUAGGAGUAUGGGUCAGGUUGACAACCUUGAGGAUUACCAUGUUGAGUUGAACCUUGACCAAUGGCUAGACCAGAGAACAUAUAACGUGCCAUUAACGUCAGAGGUUGCUACCGUUUGGAUUGAGGGGAGCGAGUGUUGGGGCCAGUUCGAUGAUAGUGUUGUCCUCCAAGGGAAGGAUAGGUCGAUCCAUGGCAUCCGGUCCUAUCAUGGGUGCUACGACGCUCUCUCAUACCCACUAUUCUUUUCGAGAGGUGAGCUUGGGUGGCACAACUGCAUUCCAAAAGUUGGUGUGACUAUGGCUGAAGUCAAUAAAGCUUGAGCGAUUCGCAAGGCGCGUGCUGAUGGUGGUGGUGACGAUGAUGCUGGGUCUGCUGGAAAUAAAUGUGUCUCCGUGCGUGAUUACUAUUGCUACAAAUUCCAGAUGCGGCCUGGGAUUUUUAAUCCUAUACUAUACGGCAAGCGUCUAUUCCAGCAAUUUGCCGUCGACACCUACAUUAAGAUUGAAAGCUCACGUCUAGACUACAUCCGCAACAAUCAGGACAUUCUUAGGGCUAACCAGUACCAAGGUUUGGUUGACAGCUGGCGUACAGGGGUGGAAGACGCUAAUGAGGUUGGUAAGCGUACUGUGCUAUCGCCGACUUUCAUCGGAGGGCCCCGUAAUAUGAGGCGUCGGUACAUGGAUGUGAUGGCUCUGGUGCGAAAGUUUGGUAAACCGGAUAUCUUCCUCACAAUGACGUGCAAUCCUAAUUGGGAUGAGAUCAAGAAUGAGCUUUAUCCUGGUCAGAGUCCACAGGACCGUCCAGAUCUUGUAUCUCGAGUGUUCAGGGCGAAGUUGGAGGAGCUUAAGAAGAUGUUGAUGGAAAAAGACAUACUUGGAAAGGUCCGUGCAUUCGUAUAUGUCGUGGAGUUCUAGAAGAGGGGCUUGCCGCAUGCACACUUUUUGCUAAUAAUGCAGAGGAAGUACAAGAUCACGUGUCCAGAACAGUAUGACCUCCUUAUCUCUGCUGAGCUACCAAACAAGAAGAAGUACCCUGACCUCUACAGGAUGGUGACGAAGCAUAUGAUGCAUGGUCCAUGCGGGAUGCUAAAUCCAUUAUGUCCAUGCACAAGGGGACGUACUUCAUGCAAAAACCGUUACCCGCGGCCAUUCUAUGAUUCAACGUCGCAAGGUAAGGAUUCGUACCCCAAUCUAUCGACGACGCGAUGAUGGUCGUAAGGAAAUAAUUAGAGGUCACAUCCUGGACAAUCAGUGGGUCGUCCCAUACAACCCAUGUCUGCUGCGUACUUUCAAUUGCCACAUCAAUGUUGAGGCAUGUAGUAGCAUUAAAUCUGUGAAAUACCUAUUCAAAUACAUAUACAAGGGCCACGACAGAGCGUCUGUGGCUGUUAGGGAGGCUGGAAAAAAAGAUGACAAGGGGAACAUUGAUGAGAUCACACAGUACAAAGAGGCCCGGUGGGUGACACCUCCAGAAGCGAUGUGGAGGAUAUAUAGCUUUGACUUGAGCAAGAACCAUCCACAAGUGCAGCAGUUGCAGCUUCAUCUUCCCGACAUGCAUAUGGUUACAUAUCAUAAACAGGACAAGAUCGAACGGGUUGUCAAGCGUCCAGGUGCUGAUGAGUCAAUGCUGACAGUGUACUUUGACUACAACAGGCUUCAUGAGGAAGCUCGAGGAAUCUUGUACUGUGACUUUCCGGAGCAUUAUACUUAGGAGUCUAAUGGUAAAUUUUGGAAACCAAGGAAAAACGCCGUAUACCAAGUCGGGAGACUCGUAUCAGCUCAUCCGGCUGAGGGGGAAUGCUACUUUCUUUGGGUUCUUCUGAACCAUGUUGCUGGGGCUACUUCAUACAGGGACCUAAGGACCGUUGACGGUGUGCUCCUGCCCUCGUUCCGUGAAGCUGCGGAGAGGCGAGGCCUAAUCGAAGAAGAUAAUACACUUGAUGAGUGUCUUACUGAAAACAGUUUGUUCCAUAUGCCAUCCUCAUUGCGUAGGUUAUUCGCGACAAUAUUGGUAUUCUGCGAGCCAAAUGAUGUGUUUGGGUUGUGGACAAAACACCUUGACGCAAUGUCAGAAGACUACAGGCGCAACAAUCCAAACCCGAGUUUGGUGGAACAGGUGGUUUUGAUUGACAUUAGGAAUAUGUUGCAAUCUAUGGGGAAGGACAUAAGGUCGUUCCCUCUCCCAAGAAUUGAUGACGCAUAUGACGAUGCUAGCGGUAUCCCUCGUGAGAUAUUUGAGGAGGCAAGCAUUGAUCAGGAUCCGGAAGAUGUGGGACUAUCUGAUUCCCUAAACGAGGAGCAGAGGGCUGCCUACGAAGAGAUAAUGUCCAAAGUGGACACCGAACAAGGCGAUUUGUUCUUUGUAGAUGGACCUGGCGGCACAGGAAAGACAUUUUUGUACAGGGCACUUCUCGGAACCCUUCGCAAUCAGAACAAGCUUGCCAUUGCUACAACUACAUUUGGUGUCGCAGCAUCUAUAAUGCCUGGUGGGAGGACGGCCCACUCACGUUUCAAGAUACCCCUUACAUUUGAGGAUGGUUGUUUUAGUUUUACCAAAGAGAGUGGUACUGCAAAGCUAUUGCAGCAAGCAUCUCUCAUCAUUUGGGACAAGGCAUCUAUGGCAAAGAGGCAAGCUAUGGAAGCCCUAGACAAUAGCCUACGUGAUAUAAUGGGCCGGCAGGAUCUGUCGUUCGGUGGGAAGACUGUUGUCUUUGGAGGGGAUUUUAGACAGGUUCUCCCUAUUGUACGGAAAGGAUCCAGGGCUCAGAUAGUCGAUGCUACUCUACGGAGGUCGUAUCUUUGGGAAUCCAUGCACCACCUUAAGCUCGUGCGCAACAUGAGGGCGCAGAGUGACCCGUGGUUUGCGGAAUAUCUACUGCGCAUUGGUGGUGGCACGGAGGAGGUUAACGGAGAUGGUGAUGUAUGUCUUCCUGACGAUAUAUGUGUCCCGUACUCUGGGGAUUCUUAGAAAGAUCUUGACAGGUUGAUUGAAUGCAUCUUUCCAAACCUCAAUGCAAACAUGACAAACAAGGACUACAUCACCUCCAGAGCGAUUCUAUGUACAUGUAAUGAUUGGGUGGACAAUAUUAAUAUCAAGAUGAUCGGCAUGUUCCAGGGUGAGGAGAUGGUGUACCAUAGUUUUGACUCCGCGAUUGAUGAUCCGCAUAACUACUAUCCGUCGGAGUUCCUUAACACAUUGACUCCCAACGGGCUUCCUCCACAUUUGCUAAAGCUCAAGAUCGGAUGCCCGAUCAUAUUGCUCAAGAAUAUCGACCCUGCGAAUGGGCUGUGCAAUGGUACAAGGUUGGUGGUUCGAGGCUUCCAAAAAAAUUCAAUCGAUGCUGAAAUUGUGCUGGGACAACAUGCCGGAAAGAGGGUUUUCCUUCCUCGAAUACUGUUGUGCCCCUCUGACGAUGAGAUGUCCCCAUUCCAAUUUAAGAGGAAGCAGUUCCCUAUUAGGCUCAGCUUCGCCAUGACGGUCAACAAGUCACAGGGACAAACUAUACCAAAUGUGGGUGUGUACCUGCCCGCCCCUGUGUUCUCUCAUGAACUUAGAACCGGAGCUAAAACUUGAAAGAAGGGAUAC